GCCUUUAAGGCCCUGGACGCCCGCGCCAGCGAGGUCAGCCGCGCCUCCGCGGCCGACCCCGCCCAGGGGUCUGAGGAGGUCCCCGCGGCCUGCGAGGCCGAGGAGAUUCCGGCUGCUCGCGUGGUUGAGGAGGUUCCCGCAGCUUGCGAGGCCGAGGAGUUCCCCGCAGCUUCCGGGGCAGGGGAGGUUCCCACAGCUUGCGUGGCCGAGGAGGCUCCAGCAGCGUGCGCGGCCGCGGUGGAGGUUCCCACAGCUCGCGUGGUCGAGGAGGUCCCCGCAGCCCGCGUGGUCGGAGAGGUUCCCGCAGCUUGCGUGGCCAUGGAGGUUCCCGCAGCUUGCGAGGCCGGGGUUCCCGCAGCUUGCGUGGCGGACGCAGCGCAGCAGGGUCUGGACACGGCCUACGGCGAGUUCGUGAGGCUCAUGGAGCUGGACCUGCUGGGCGCGUACCACAUCGAGGAGAAGAAGGAGCCUUUCCUCGGGCGCGCCGAGCCGCCUUCGUUCAGCAAGAUGCUUGUUCGGACGGCCACGGGUGGGCCCUACAUCAAGGG